AUGUCGGAUGAUAAGCAUCAGGAUGUGGAAGAACACAGCAUAGCUCCACCAGUGGAGCAGGAACUUCUUGAACCUCAGAUACAUGCCAAAACUUACCUUGUCAUAUUUGCCAUGUUUAUGAUAAACUUCACAUCAGUUAUAUGUUUAGUCACAGCUGGAGCUUUUAGUACCGUGCUCACAGCUGUGGUGGGGGGCGCCGACAAGAGAAACUGGAUUGUCGGUGCUAUAGCUCUACCCAUGGCAGUUCUCAGUGCUCCGGUUGCUCAAGCAGCUGACUACUGGGGAAGACGUUGGUUGCUCAUCGGCCUAACUUCAAUGGGAUUCGUCGGUAGCUUGAUCACAUCUCGAUGCGAGUCGAUUGGCGUGGCUAUCGUGGGACAAUCAUUUAUUGGACUGUCCUUUAGCUGCAUUUCUCUUACUUUUGCCAUCGUCUCAGAAGUAUUACCUCAUCGUCAACGAAUGACUGGUCAGGCUGUGGUGAACUCAGCCAAUGCGUUAGGAGGAAUUGCGGGAAUUUAUGCAGCCGCCGCUCUAGUUACUGAUCGUGGUCCAACCGGCUUCAGGAUUCUUUGGUAUCUCGACGCUACAUUCUUCGCCAUUGCGGUUUUCAUCACACUCUUCUGCUAUAAGCCGCCGCCUCGCGAGUUACAGAACGCACUCACAUUCAAGCAGAAGCUUAGCAAAUUGGAUUGGAUCGGAGGAUUUCUUCUGACUGUUGGCUUGAUUCUUUUCUGUCUUGGUGUAUCCCAGGCACGAAAUCCUUAUCCUUGGAAUAGUGCCCAAGUGCUCACUCCAAUAUGUGUCUCGCUACCAUUACUAGGCGCUUUCGCGUUAUAUGAGUGGAAGUGGACAAGCGAGGGUAUCGCCAAUCAUCGACUCUUCUCAAGCGGCCAUAAUUUCGGUCUUGCACUUGUAUGCAUCUUCUUGGAAGGAUUCAUCUUUACUCCAACCAAUAUCUAUCUGCCGUUUAUGGUCGAGUCCAUUUAUGGAAGAACUCCACUGCUUAUGGCGACUAAUGUUACAGUCCUGCAAAUCGUCUACGGGUUAUCCUCGUUUGCCGCUGCUACAUAUUGCUACCGAUAUAAACGAUUACGUUUAGUUGUUAUGGUGGCGUAUUUUCUCUUCACCGCAUAUAAUGCGUCUAUGGCAGCUUUAGAUGAGGACAACUCUAACGCAGCUUGGGGCGUCCCUGUCCUAGCUGGCGUACCACUCGCGUUCGCACUCUGUGCACUUGUUGCUGUGGCCCAAUUCAGCACUCCUCCUGAGCUCAUCUCGGUCACGAGUGGUUUGCUAGUGGCUGCUCGUGCCUUGGGGGUCACCAUUGGGACGGCCGCUUUCGGCGCCGUCUUUAGCUCAAAACUACAAUCCAAUCUUGCUCCCAAGGUUGCAAGUGCCACUCUUCCUCUAGGACUACCCUCAUCAUCGUUGCCGCUCUUACUAAAAGCCUUGGUAGCCCACAACGAGAAAGCAUUGAUGGAGGUCCCUGGAAUAACGCCUGCAAUAUUAGCUGCAGGCAUCAAAGGAAUGAAACAAGGUUAUGUUGUCGCCUUUCGGAACGUCUGGAUUAUCGCGGCAGCUGUUGCCGCUGGAGGUCUCAUCCUAUCGUUCUUUUUCCAAGAUAGGGAAGAGGAUUUUGAUAACAAAAUCGAUGCACCAGCUGAAAGUAUUGAGGCUCUGUAUGGCGAGACUCUCCAUACACAGGCUAAGCCAUGA